GAGACUUCAGCCAUAAUUGUAGACAAAAAAGAAAGUACUAAACUACCAUGCAUUACACAGCAAGUUUUGUGACAUAAACUAUAUUUAGACCAUUCUAACGAUGGUCACUGGAGAAAAUACACAAAUGGUACCAACUGAGAAUGUCUGUGUGGCAGAUGAAGAAAAGAUUUUGUGUAUUGUGCGUGACAUGCUGGACACCCAGUGUCAUGGGAUCCGCCACACCAUUAACUUACCGGCUUCCACCACCGUAAAGGACCUGAUAUCACAAGUGGCCCAGCAGUUCGGAUAUGUGGAAGAUACAAUAGGUGUUACGUAUGAGAAGCAAGUGGGAGCUGAAAUUCACGAGGUGAAUUUGAAUGAAAAU